UAUCCGAAGACGAGAAAAAGAAACAAAAAAAGAAAAGAAGGAGUGAUUGGUUUUUAUUUUUUGAUAUUUGAAUUUUGAGGAAAGUGAGUUGAAGUGGGGUGACGAAUGGCGAAACUGGAAGCGAAGCUUGGGAUGAUCGUGGACAAGAUGGGUAACUUCUUCUCCGGCAAAGACCAACAACUACCGUGGUGCGACUCUGACAUCAUCGCCGGAUGUGAAAGAGAGGUUGCGGAGGCCGGGAAAGAGUCCACUGAUGAGUCAAUGAAAGAGUGUCUGUUGCGUUUAUCAUGGGCUCUUGUUCACUCAAAACGACCAGAAGAUGUACAACGUGGGAUAGCAAUGCUUGAAGCAUCUUUACCUGGUACAGACAACCCACUGCAGCAAAGGGAGAAGCUAUAUCUUCUAGCUGUUGGAUAUUAUAGAAGUGGUGACUAUUCAAGGAGUAGGGAUCUUGUGGAGAGAUGCCUAGUGAUUGCACCCGACUGGAGGCAGGCGGUGACACUUAAGAAGACAAUUGAGGAUCGGAUCACAAAAGAUGGUGUCAUUGGCCUAGGCAUUGCUGCAACUGCUGUAGGACUGAUAGCAGGUGGGAUUGCAGCAGCUGUGUCUCGAAAAAAGUGAUAGUCUUUCCAAUUAAACACAUAUGAAUGUAACAGAAAAAUAUAUAAUACUUGGAAUUCACUGCAUCUUAUUGCUUUUUUUAAAAGGAGGUUAUGAACAUAAUGUAUACAAAGCGGUGGAGAUAAUAUCGUACUUAUGUUCAUGUUAAGGAAAUUUUAUUUCUA